AUGGCUCAACAUCACCAACAGCACCCUUCACCUCAGAUGGUGAUGGACCCAUCCCAGAUGGGCCAUCAUCGUCUUGGGCCACCUCAGUUUGGAGCACCGGGUCAAGUCAUGGCGCCCAUGUACCAGGCCAUGUCGACUCCGACGCCGCCAAAUCACCCCGGCUCCAGCAAGCGUCCACGGCCAAGUGAACUCGACCUCUCUGUUGCAGGCCUGGGAGACUUGGAGCACUCAGACCUCAGCGGCAUGCAACAGACCCCCCUGGGCGCGGCAUACGCCCAAGCUGCCGCUGCCGCCGUGUCCCAACCGCCGCCGAUACAUCACCACCAUCACCUCCCUGACUCAGGACCCCCUUCAAAGAUGAUGCGUCGCGACGACGGGGGAGGAGGAGCUCCAAGCGUCGUGGGUCAAGCAGGGAUGCCUGCCCCGGCACCUCGUCCUCGAGGACCAAAACUAAAAUUCACGCCCGAGGAUGACCAGCUGUUGAUCGAACUCAAGGAGAACAAGAACCUCACAUGGAAGCAAAUUGCGGAUUUCUUCCCUGGGCGCUCUUCUGGGACGUUACAGGUGCGGUAUUGUACCAAGCUCAAGGCCAAGACUACAAACUGGACAGAAGAGACGGACCAAAAACUUCGAACCGCACUCCAGGACUACGAGAACGAGAAAUGGAGAAUCGUAGCUAACAAGGUUGGCACCGGAUUCACUCCCGCGGCGUGCCGGGAGAGAGCCGAACAACUCGUAUCUGGAGACACUACGACUCUGGCAACUCUUUCACAGUCACUAUCACCUGUUGUUGCCUCGGUUCCCGAACCUGGAGACUCAAUAUACUCGCAGCAACUUCAGUGA